CCCACAACUAUUAUCAUCACAACACACACAAAUCCAAACAAGAAUAACAAAAUCUUUCUCUUAAAAAAAUUCUUAUUUCAAGACAUCAAAGGAGAAGUAAUGGAGGCAAUGAAGAUGAAGAUGAUGAUGUUUGUUAUGGUUGUUGCGGUGGCUUUUUCAGCUGCGGCAGCUGCCACCGUGGAAGCUCCAGCUCCAAGCCCAACUUCUGAUGCUGCUAUGUUUGUACCAGCAUUGUUUGCAUCUGUUGUUGCUUUGGCAUCUGGUUUCAUCUUUUGAUCAUUCUUUUUAUUCUCUAUUAUUUAAUUGUAUUUGUUAAUGAGUUUGUGUGAUUUGAUUCUAUUGUUUAGAAUGUUGCAUUCCUAAUGUAACCAUCCGUUUCUCUAUGUAUCUAUGUGUAUCAUCAAUUCAUCAGACAGUUUAUGAGAUCGUUUAUUUUUAACA